UUAUUGAAUAAAGUUUCACAAUUUAAAUUCAAUCAUUAUGCAUUUCAAAAUUACCGGAAUCAAACGUCAAGUGCUCAUUUCAGCGUGCUUGUAUAUAGGGCAGAUGUUAAUAGGAUUCUCAGUGAGCUGGGCUGGACCUAUUUUUCCUAAAUUGCGAGAUCCAGAUCAAAGUCCGUUGCCAUAUUUACUGACGGAAAUAGAAAUGUCCUUGAUUGCGUCAUUUAUGUACAUCGGUGGAAUACCAGGUCCAUUUAUAAUGGGUUCGCUAUCAAACAUUUACGGCAGGAAACCAUGUUUAAUAGUUGGAGGAGUGCUAGUUGGCUUGGCGUAUGUCAUUUUAGUGGGGUCGAACAACUUGGCUAUGUUGUACUGUGGCAGAUUAUUAGUAGGUCUAGGAGUUGGUAUCAUAGCCGUUAUGAAUCUCGUGUAUAUUGGUGAAAUAGCAUCUUCGAAUAUCAGAGGUAUUCUUUUAUCAGCUCUUGGGAUAUUUACAACAUGUGGGUCAUUGUUGAUAUACGCCGUUGGACCAAUUCUUUCUUAUUCUUACGCGUCAUCCGUUGGCUUGGCUACGAGUUUAGUUUUUAUCUUAUGUGUUAUGUUCAUACCAGAAUCGCCGAUUUUUCAUAUUCUAGAAGAUAACGAAGUCAAAGCCAGAGAUAAUCUAAAAGUUUUAGGACGGGAAGACGAUAUCGAUAAUAUAUUACAAUCGAAAAUAGAUUGUAUUAACUCGACUAAUAAAAAGGACUGGAUUGAAUUAUUUACUCUACGAACUAAUAAGAAAUCUCUGCUUAUAGUUGUUGUUAUGAAUAUUUUACAACACGGAAGUGGGGUUCUUGCCGUGAUAUCAUUUUCAGGUUCAAUUUUUGAAAUGGUCGGGUCGUCCGUUGGAUCAGAUGUAUCUAUGUUAAUAAUUGGUUUAUUCCAAUUAAUUGGUAGUGGAACAGCACCGUUUUUUGUUGAGAAAAAUGGUAGGAAAACAUUAUUGGUGGUAUCUAGUACCAUGUGUUGUCUAAGCAUGUUACUGCUCGGUGUGUACUUUUACUUGGAUGAUUAUUCUGGUUUUAAUAAAGCGAAUUGGCUGCCGCUAGUUCUUCUCAUUAUAUUUUUUAUUGGAUACGAUGCAGGUAUAGGUAUUGUUCCAAAUGUGCUGAUCGGUGAAAUGUUUACGAUGAACGUUAGAAGUAAAGGUUCGGCUGUAGCGCUAACAGUCUCAUGGCUGUCAGGAUUUUUAGUUACUGUAGCUUAUGGGGCAAUAGUCGAACACGUUGGCAGUUACGCAGCGUUCUGGUUCUUUUCUUGCACUGGUCUGAUAUCUUGUUUGUUCACAAUAUUUUGUAUACCGGAGACAAAAGGCAAGAGUUUGUUAGAAGUUCAGGACAUGUUGAAGAAAAAUUAAAUUGUACGAUUUUU